GGCCAGCCAGUCUCCCGCACUCUCCUAGGAAAUUCAUACACCAUGUCCAAGUUCGCUGCUCUCGCCGCCAUCGUCGCCGCCGCUGCGGUCGCCAACGCACAGUCGCUCAAUGUCGUGAACAAGUGCUCCGAAGGUGUCACGAUCUUCACACAGACCUCCUACGGCACGAUCGACAACAACGUCAACAUCGGCGCGGGUGCCUCUGCCGACCUGAACAUCUCCAACAACUGGGAUGGUGCCGUCAACGUCGGCACGGGCUGCAACGGCUCGCAGUGCACCACCGGUGGUCCCACCUGGGACGGUCAGACGCCUUUCUCGCGUGCUGAGUUCAACUUCUGGGCCGUCCCGGGCGAGGUCACCUAUGACAUCUCUUUGAUCUACGGCUACAACGUCGGUAUGGAGAUCUCCUCCGCUGACGCCAGCUGCGACGCCUACGCCUGCACGAUCUCCUCAGGCUGCCCCGUCCCCGGCCCCGACAACUCCUGCUACUCCCCCUGCUGCUCGUCCGUGAGCGCCUGCUCCGGCGGUGCUCUCCCCGCCGGCGGAGGAGGCUGCGUGAGCAACGCCGGUCCCGGCCCCAACUCUCCCUUCUACUACAACACGUGCACCAACGCGUACGCGUUCCCCGACAACGACGGUGCUGCCGGCUACACACCCGCCGACAACGUCGACUACACGUGUGGUAACACCGCCAUCACCCUCACGCUCUGCCCCGGCACCACUUCCAACAUCCCCAAGUAA